CCUCCCAGUAUUUAACGUUGUGUUUUCUCUUCUCUUCUUCUCUGCCUCUAAAACUCUGUUUUCCAACAACGGUUUCGUCGUUCAACUGCGGAAGCAAAUUUUCGCUGUCUUUGAUUGAUGGAGGGUGGUGGGUCGAAGCAGGGUCCGGUGACGUGCGGGUCGUGGAUCCGGAGGCCCGAGAAGGUGAAUCUGGUGGUGAUGGGCAGGGCGAGUGGUGGGGAAUCCUCUCCUUCUGUGCUUGAGAUCUUCUCCUUCGAUCCCAAGACCGCCUCUCUCUCUUCCUCUCCUCUGACCACGUACGUUAUUGAGCAAGUGGAUGGCGAUCCUGUUUCAAUUGCGGUGCACCCCAGCGGGGACGAUAUCGUGUGCUCUACGACUAAUGGAGGCUGCAAAUUGUUUGAGUUGUAUGGUCGAGAAUCAGGCACAAGGCUGUUGGCCAAGGAACUACCUCGUCUUCAAGGUGUUGGUCCGCAGAAAUGCAUAUCUUUUAGUGUUGAUGGAUCUAAAUUUGCUACUGGUGGGGUGGAUGGGCAUCUCAGAAUCUUGGAGUGGCCAAGCCUGCGUGUUAUUUUAGAUGAACCAAAAGCGCAUAAAUCUGUACGCGAUAUGGAUUUUAGCCUAGACUCCGAGUUUUUAGCUUCAACAUCUACUGAUGGUUCAGCAAGAAUAUGGAAGACGGAAGAUGGUCUUCCAUUGACUACUUUGACUCGCAACUCGGAUGAAAAGAUUGAAUUAUGUCGGUUUUCUAAGGAUGGGACAAAGCCAUUUCUAUUUUGCACUGUUCAGAAAGGUGAUAAGGCCAUCACUGCAGUCUGGGACAUAAGUACAUGGAAGAAAAUUGGGCAUAAGAGGUUGCUUAGAAAACCUGCUUCUAUAAUGUCCACAAGCCUGGAUGGGAAAUAUCUUGCUCUGGGAAGCAAAGAUGGAGAUAUAUGUGUAGUUGAGGUAAAGAAAAUGGAGGUCUCCCACUGGAGUAAGAGGCUACACCUGGGUGCGUGUAUUGCAGUGCUAGAGUUUUGUCCCACCGAAAGGGUUGUGCUUACUACUUCUUCUGAAUGGGGAGCUGUGGUGACUAAGCUGAAUGUUCCUGCAGAUUGGAAAGAGUGGCAGAUCUAUUUACUGCUUUUAGGAAUGUUUUUGGCAUCGGCUGUUGCAUUUUACGGAGUCUUUCAGCACUCUGAUUCAUUUUGGAACUUCCCAAUUGGGAGAAAUCAACCAGCAAGACCUAUCAUAGCAGAUCCACAAUCCGCUGAUGACCAAAAUGUUUGGAGUCCUUAUGAACCAUUGGAUAUGUGAGGAUCUGCACAAUCCAGUCUCCAGGAGUCAAUACGGAAUAGCAUGCAGGAUAAGCUCUUUUGUUUUCAAGACAAUUUAGAUUUAGACAUGUAAUUUGAAAGUCUUGUAAAAUGCAAUUCAAGUAAAAAAAAAAAAAAAUUGUUUUUUUUUUUUUUUAAUUGAAUUUUUUAUUUGACGCUGACAAGAAUUGAACACUUUUGUCUUUUUGGAGAAAAUACAAAAUCUUGAGAGAGUAUUA